AUGGACAGCGCCGCCACUGAGCAGUUUGCAUCUUUUGCCGAGCGCAACGGUAUCCGGCGGGUGUUUGUGCACAUUGACCCGGAUCUCUCGGUCGCCGACUUUGAGGCCUUUGUGGCAAGGUGCGCUGCCCAGAGAGUCGACGUCGAGGCCCUCAUGGGCGAUCCAGGAUGGGUUCUGAACCCGCACCAUGAGAGCUUUACUGGCCGGCUUGCUUGGGUCGUGGCAUACCAGGCGCGGCAUAAGGGGAACCCGGCGAUGCAGAUUCGAGGCUUGCAUUUGGAUAUCGAGCCAUGGCAUCUUCCGGGCUGGGAAGCCAACAAGUCAAGGUACAUGCACAGUUUUCUGCAAGUCAUUCACAACUACACGCAACAGGCGCACGCCAUGACGCCCCCGCUGCCGGUCACGGCCGACUUGCCCUUUUGGCUUCACACGGUGCCUCCUCCCCCUGGAUGCGGCGGUGACUACCACGUCGACGCGCUGCUCUCGACCCUGGACGGCGCCGUCUUCAUGACGUACCGCAACACACCCGCCGUCCUGGCCGAUAUUGCGGGCCCGGCGCUGGCGGCGGCUGCGCGACACCCGGGGAAGAGCAUGGAUUUGGCCGUUGAAACGCGGAACUGUGAUGAGGAGGGCCGGCAUAUCAGUUAUCACGGGCUUGGGCUUGCGCGGCUCGAGGCGGACUUGGCAGUCAUUGAGGGACGGAUGGUGCCUUGGGCAGACAGGCACCGGAUAGGCGUGGUUGUUCAUGAUUAUCAGGGCUGGACGGAGAUGCGAUGA